ACCCUGUUAUCACGUACGAUGCGUAGAGCAAAAAUCCUAAAAAAAACCAACAAUCAUAAGCAGCCAAAGGGUUUUUAAUGUUUAAGUGCGACAGACGACAUUCUAACAACAAACAGCAAAUACAAUUUAAGAGCCGUGAAAAAAUUAAUUGACAGGCUCAUUUAAGCAGAACAUGGACUAUGUGUAUAUACCUUAAGCAAUACAUACGGUAUACAUGCAGUCUAUCUACAGGCCUUUCAUAGAAUGAAUUAAAGCCAUUUAUUAGUGUCUCAUCCCAAAUCUCUAGUGCAUGCACGUAUUUUUAUAAAAUCAUUAUUUUAGUCAAGCCAGAAAUUAUAUACCCAUCUCCCAAUCUAUGCCUAAGCAUUAUAUAUCAAUAAUGGAUGAACGCUCACUGUAAUAUAUAUAUAUCAUGGAUUUUUCCAAAGUUUAUAGUGACCAACCAUUAUUUCAUGGAUCUUAAUUGCAUAGAAAAGAUUGUGGAAUCAGAUAUGUUCUGGCCUGGAUUCAUAUCGAACGAUCGAUCAUCGAUCUGUACCUGACCUCUGAUCGAGAACAUGCAAUGAAAGGUCACGACAGAGGAAAUGCUGCUGGGUGGGUGAUGGGUGCUUUGUGAGAUUUAUCAUUUGAACGUUAGCAUCAAGCAGAGUGUACUUCUGAUCUAAAUAAGAUCGUGUAGUGUUCACUCCUUUUGCCAGCAAACGCGUGGCUGACAUGCGAUGCUGGAGCUGUGCUGUCAUCACAGUGUAACGCGCAAGUCGAAAUGACAUCUUUUUACAGAGCUACAGAGGCAACAGCUGUUAUCCACAAGAGGAAGUGAUAUCAGCUGUAAACCUAACGGUCACAUUUGAUCCACAGUCGGUGAAUUUUAAGAGUUACAUAGGAGAGCUCAGCCCAUCAGACCGCCUCAAUCCUUCGAUGAGACAUGGCUUCAAUCUUAUAGCCAGCAAUGAUCUGUCAUCUACCAGGCCUGUUCCAGAUGCCAGGCCCAUCUUAUGCAAGACUUUUUUCCCUGCGUCACCUUCUCUUCCUUCAACAACCAUCAUUGUUACUUUCCACAAUGAGGCAAGAUCUGUACUGCUUCGCACACUAGUAAGCAUUUUAAUACGGUCUCCACUAUCUUUGGUGAAGGAGAUAAUUCUAGUGGACGACUUCAGUGACAAUGCAAGUGAUGGCUUAGAGCUGGAUAGCCUUCCAAAAGUCAAGGUUAUCAGAAAUGAGAAAAGAGAAGGUGCUGUCAGAUCAAGGAUACGAGGUUCAGAUGUAGCAAAAGGGGAUGUUUUGACUUUUUUGGACAGUCAUUGUGAGGUCACUGAUGGGUGGCUGGAGCCUUUGUUAGCUACUAUCAAACAGAAUCCUACAAGUAUAGUGAGUCCAGUUAUUGAUGAAAUUGAUGGGAUGAGUUUCGAGUACAUCCCUAGAAUGGAGUUUGUCAGAGGAGGCUUUGACUGGAGUUUACAUUUUAAAUGGGAAUCUUUGCCAAACAGUGGAGUUGCUAAACAAGAUGCAACAGAUGCAUUUUUAACACCUGUGAUCUCUGGUGGGAUCUUCAGCAUUCGGAAAGACUGGUUUAGAAAAUUGGGAAAGUAUGAUGUGCAGCUCAGCGUGCUAGGAGGAGAGAAUUUUGAACUUUCAUUUCGGGGAUGGAUGUGUGGAGGAGAUCUGCGCAUAGCACCGUGCAGUCAUGUUGGGCAUGUUCACCGUCGUCAGCCUCCCUACAUCUUUCCAGAGGGUGGGCCUGCCAGCACAUACCUGAAGAACACCCGCAGAGUUGCUGAAGUGUGGAUGGAUGAAUACAAGAGAUUUUUUUACGCUGCUCGACCCACAGCUAGAAUGCAAGAUUUUGGAGAUGUUACAGAGAGGCGAAAGCUUCGUGAAAAACUAAAAUGCAAGAAUUUUAGAUGGUACUUGGAAACUGUAUAUCCAGAGCUGAGGUUACCUAUCAGUGAUGAGCUGGGAUAUGGGCACAUCCAACAGGGCAGUGGCUGUGUAGACUUGGAUGUAGGCCAGCUGCCAGUUAUCGCUAAACUAAGGCAAUGUGUACAGAACAAAGAUACACAAGACUGGUCUUGGAGAAGAAAGGGCAUUAUUGUCAGCAAUGGAAUGUGUUUAUCGGUCAGUCCUAGUGAAACCCAGUUGUAUGUUAUAAUCAAGUUCUGUGAUUUUACAGACAAUCAGAGAUGGAUUCGACAAGAAAAACAGAUUGUCCAUGAGGCCACAGGCAAGUGUCUGGACAGUCGCAAGGUCAAAACAGGGCUGCAGGUAUCUGAUUGUGACGAGCAGCAAGAUUCUCAGAAAUGGGACAUUACCAUGGAAACAACAAUUAAUCUUGAAAAGGAUUACCUGGAUAGCUAUUAAUGAGGAUAGCAUUGAGAUUUGUGCUUCUUAAGGCCUUCUGACUACAUGAUCAUAUGAUCCAACAAAGUAACAGCCAUAUCCGUUUUAAUUUGCUUGUUCAUGGUGGCUAGUAUGCCUAAAGCUAAUUGAAUGUCAAUAAAUAUUGCUUUCUGUAAAACUGUUGGUGAAAACAAAGUGUAUACUUUCAUCUAGCAAUCACACAUAGCCAUACCAUAAAUGAAUUUGCCUUAAAUUACUGUUCCACCCACUUGACCUCUGAACUUUUGAAAAGGGGGAAGAAAGUGGAAGAUGCGCAAUACCUGCACAGGAGAUGCACGAAUUUCUUGUAUUGUCAUUUAUAUAUGAGUGGUACUUAUGAAAGGCAAAUAAGAGUUUAAAACUAAGUUUUCUAAAUAUCUUUCCAUCCCCAGAUAGAUUUACUGCUUUUAAAUAUUUCAUUAAAAAAAAGAAGAAUAUGAAUAAUUGCUCCUCAGUAUACUGUUGCUUAUUUUCUGCAUUGUCAGCAUAAAAAACAUUAUAAAAAUAUAUAUGUGUGUGUGUGUCACAGCAAUGGGUACCCCCAACUCCCAAAUCUCUGUCAAAUUUUGCAAAACCAAUAGUUGUCUGCUAAACAUAUUACAGAAUUGUACAGUUUAUAAAGAAAUUGCUUUUUUAAAAAGAUGUUCAUAAAAUGUAAAAUUUUUUGGACUUCAAAAUGAAUUUUGUUUUUUUGCUCUGGAGUAUGAUCUCUUCUUAGUGGCUCAUGAACUUUUACUUCUAUUGUAAAUAUGUAUAUUUACAAAGAACUCAUGCUUAUGAAGGAUCAUGAAAAUGAAAUACAGUUAAAUGUUAUUCUACAUUGAAAAUCCAUUUUGCUUUUUGUCCCUUCACAUUUAUUAUGAAAAUCUCCAAGGGAGGUAAAGAUUACAAAGAUUUGAGUUGAAUUGGAGUAACAAGGUUUAUGGAACAAAAUAAUUAAUUAAACUACUGUAAUUAGAACAUGCUAAUUCCUGCAGGAUUAUUUAGAAGCUGCCUUAUGAAACAAAUUUUGAUUCUGAUGUGCUUAGAGUCAUGUCUCUUAAAUUUUGAAUCUGUAUUUGUUUAGCAUAUUAUUUGUUCUAAAGGAGGAUUAAAAAGUGAAUAUUUUGUGUUUGUAUAUUUUGUAUUUGUGCAUUCAAAGAUGUAUAGUGUUUUUGUGUGUUUUUACUCCUGUGUGAUUUGUACAUGCGCAUUAUGACAGUACUUGCACAUAGCCAGUCUUUUUGACUGAAAGAAAUUGUGUCAUCACUCCCACUGAUUGGUUUAAGAAUGUAAGAUAAGAACGUAGGUAUGAAAUGAGAUAAAUAUAAAGGUUGAGGGAAUAAAAAUUUCUUAAAGUCA